AUGUGUAGCACGAUACAACAGGAUGAUACAGGUGAGGAAUAGGGUAUCGUUGGUAAGAUAAGAAACCGGGGAGGUGUGAAUAGAGACACCGGUGGAAAAGUGGAAAAUUUUCAAGAUGGCGACUCUUGUGGAUCCGGGACUAAAAAUAGCAAUAUGGGAGCAUGGGGGAUGCUUCUGAGAUAUAGCCAGAGCCAUAGGCCAACAAACAACUCAGAAAAACAGAAAUUCUUGUUUUAUACAAUUUAGGGGAAACCAGUACUAACAAUUUCUAGUAUACGUUAAAGGUAAGCACUUGUCAUACCAACGUUCUAAACAUGUUAACAACCCAAACGUUUCUUUAAUUCAAAUUGAAAACGUCGGUACUCCACAAGAUGCUAAGUUCUACUUAGGUAAGCGUAUUGCCUACGUCUACCGUGCAUCUAAAGAAAUCAGAGGUUCUAAGAUCAGAGUUAUCUGGGGUAAGGUCACCAGAACUCACGGUUCCAACGGUGUUGUCAGAGCUAACUUUAAGAAGAACUUACCAGCUAAAACUUUCGGUGCCUCAGUCAGAAUCAUGUUGUACCCAUCUAACAUCUAA